AUGUUCUCAUACUUCCGCGCCGCACCCGUCGAGGUCGUCGAGAAGGAACUGCAGACUACCACUACGGCCAUCCUCACCCCGCCAGCCGCGGCCGCAGCGCCGGCCCCCAUGACGGCCGAGCAGGAGGACAUGGUCGAGGAGCUCAAGGAGUACACCGCCACGAUCCUCCUUCCCGAGGACGACGCAUACCACCCAUGGGAGAAGCGGUUCCUCGAGGACGUGGGCACGCACCACCGCUACAUGCGAGCAGCCAAGUGGAAGAUGGACGAUGCGAAGAAGCGCAUCAAGGGCACGAUGGAGUGGCGGCGCGAGUUCAAGCCCGACCUCAUUACGACUGAGGAGGUGGCCGAGACUGCCGGGACGGGCAAGCUGCUUCUCAACGGCUUCGACAAGGACUCGCGGCCGAUCAUCUACAUGCGUCCUGGUCGUGGACCGCCCCCAGACCACGACAAGCAGAUCCGCUACCUCAUCUUCCUUCUCGAGCGCGCGAUUGACAUCAUGCCGGACGGCCAGGAGCGGUUGUGUAUCAUCGUCGACUUCAAGGACGCGGGGAAGCAGCCACGCCAGCCGAUGAGCGUGUCGAUGUACGUCCUGAACGUGCUGCAGAACCACUACGUUGAGCGUCUCGGCCGAGGCCUGGUCCUCAACAUCCCAUGGUUCAUCAACGGCUUCUUCAAGGCCAUCAUGCCGUUCAUGGACCCGGUGACGCGCGACAAGGCACGCUUCAACCCCACGCUUACCGACCUCGUCGACCCCGACCAGCUUGAGGCCGAGUACACCGGUGGCGAGCACGCGUUCGAGCUGGACAUCAACGUGUAUCUCCAGCACCUUAGCGACCACUGCUGCAUCUGCGAGGACGGGACGCGCCACUUCGAUGGCCAGCCAUGGUACCCUCCUACCGGCCGCGGCAUCGUGCACGCCAAGAAGAUGCGCAAGUCGGCGGACACGUCGGACGCUGUGGUGGCGCAGUUGGAAGAGACGUCAGUGACGGAUACGCGGUCUGAGGGCGCCAAGGACACGGCGUAG